AUGAAUGUCCCAGUGAUGAGGGCCCAGGAGCAGCCUCAUCCUCUCUGCGGCCCUGGCCCGGUACAGGAUUUACCCCACUGUCCUCCAGGGUUCAACCUCAGCUCCCGCCUGAAUCCCGCUCCCAUCCUGGGCCUCCAGAGCACCCAGAGGUCAUCCAAACCACAGAGGGAGCUGAGCCCUGAGGAGCAGCAGGAGCUCCGUAGGAAGAUCAACAGCAGGGAGAGGAAGAGGAUGCAGGACUUAAACAUCGCUAUGGACGCUCUGAGGGAGGUCAUGGUGCCCUACGCCUCCUCUCCGUCCGCCUCUUCUUCCUCUCAAUCCCAUCAGCCUGGAGCUCCUCCAGGACGUCGGCUCUCAAAGAUCUCCACCCUGGUCCUGGCCAGGAACUACAUCCUCCUGCUGGGCUCGUCUCUGCAGGAGAUGAGGAGGCUGCUCGGGGAGGUUAGCGUCGGGAUGGGGGUCAACUCAGGCCCUGUGCCUCGUCUACUCCUUGCUGGAGGUUGGCCCCUCAUCUCCGGUCCCAGUCAGCUCCUCCUCACUCAGGAGUCCCUCCUCACGUCAGCAGCCUCUUCAUCCUCCUCGUCUUCCUCCGCUUCGUCAUCCUCUGCUGGUAAAUGUCCUCUGCUGUCUCCAGGCCCCAUGGAGGCCUCGUUGGCUCCUGUGCAGUGGAACUCUGCAGGAGCCUCAGGAGGGCCACUGUGCCCCUGUGGAGUGUGCAGACUACCCAGAUUCACUCACUCCACUCCUGCUCCGAGAUUCCCAAAGUGA